GAUAGACUGCUAGGGAAACUAACCAGGUGAACCUCAGGAGGAGACACAAAGGUUGUUCACCAACCCCUCCACCACAAAUAAGAGCACUCUAGUGAUCAAGAGAAAUGGCAAGUCUCCUUAGGUCCCAUCCCAAAAAAGAUAUUCAAAUAUAGCUAUUGUUUUUAAAAAGGACCAGAGUCUAGGAGAAGAAUGUCGCAAGGUGUUUAUGCUUGGGGAGAAGGAACAGACUGGAACCCAAGCCAUGGGAAUGUGAAGACAGAGGUGUCUACAUGUAGCAACAUUCCUAUAAAGAAAAGACAAGACAUAAUGAAAUGGUAGAUAAAUGCCUUCCCUGCUAAGUUUAUUGUGGUCACUGAUUACAGAAAAUGGAGAAUCUUCUAGAGGAUGUGAUACAAAAUAAUACUGUGAAUUGCACCAUCAAUCACAGAAUACAUCAGACAUUAUCACCUGUGAUAUACAUACUUGUCUUGGUGGUAGGCCUCCCAGCCAACUGUCUUUCACUGUACUAUGCCUACUUGCAGGUUAAGGUCAAGAAUGAACUGGGAAUCUACCUUUGUAAUUUGACUGUAGCAGAUCUGUUCUACAUAUUUUCUCUGCCAUUUUGGGUCCAGUAUGUUCUACAGCAUGACAACUGGACCUAUGAUGAACUUCUAUGCAAAAUUUGUGGAAUCCUCUUGUAUGAGAAUAUUUACAUCAGUGUGGGUUUCCUCUGCUGCAUUUCAAUUGACCGUUACCUGGCUGUGGUGCACCCUUUCCGCUUCUACUGGUGUCGCACAAUGAAGGCUGCUAUCGUGGUAAGCGCUACCAUCUGGACCAAGGAAAUUCUGACAUGCUGGUUUGUUUUUAAGCACGGCGAAGUGAGUAAGGACUUGGAAAGCCACAUAGUGUGCUUUGAGCAUUAUCCCAUCAAAAACUGGGAGCACAACAUCAAUUAUUACCGUUUUGCUGCUGGCUUCAUGUUCCCAUUUUUUCUGCUACUUUUUUCUUAUUGUGGCAUUUUGAGAGUUGUACGCAAGAGUCAUGGCACUCAGAAGAAGAAAAAGAUCCAAAUCAAACGUCUGGUUUCCAGCACAAUUGUUAUUUUCUUGGUUUGCUUUGGGCCAUAUCAUGUUCUACUGUUGGUGCGUAGUCUCUUUGAGAAAAAUUGUGACUUUGCUGCUGCAAUUUUUAACAGCUACCAUUUCUCUCUUUUGCUAACCACUUUCAACUGUGUUGCUGACCCAGUUUUGUACUGCUUUUCCAGUGAGAGCACCUACCAGGACUUUGUCAAAAUAGGAGACACCUGUCUAAGGUACCUAAGAUGUGUGCAGAUAAAAACCGCGGAAUCCUACCAGCUGAGCACUCCAGAAACCGUCAGAAAAAUCAGAGAAGCUGAGCUGGGUUCAGAGUUGUUAGACGUUGUUCAUGAAAUGGAGGAAACAUCAAUCAACACUUUUCCAAAAGGAAAAGCUAUCUAAUACCUCCAUGCAUGUAUUUGUUCACUUCACUUCUCCUCAUUCAUUAUACCCAUAAAGAGAUCUACAGUUUAAAAAUACAAUAAACUAUGCUAAGAUCUUUCCA